AUGACUUCAUCCCUGCAUAUACACAGUACAGCUCUCCCCACAACACAUACUCACAGACAGCUCCUUCAAUCCCUGGUUCAGCAGCUCAGCAAUGAGGACUGCCAUAUCGUAUCCAGCUUGAUCCAUGCCCGACUCCAUGUGGAUAUCCUGGGCUGCUUGCCUCUCGAGCUGGCGGCUGGGAUAGCCUCCUAUCUGGCUCCGUGGGACAUUUUCAGAUAUAGAUCAGUAUCCAAACGCUGGAAUGAAGUCCUCUCAUCCCCUUCCGUCUGCAGUAGUAGCUUCUAUACAUACUUCCCCGAACAACAGCAAUUAUUAUUAUUCGACACAAGUAACCCAGACUGGCCCUGCCAGUUCCGUCAGGUUACAAAACGGCGCCUGGCGUUAGUGACGGGGAGACCAUACAGCAAGUCCGUGUUCCCCCAUAAAAAACACAAGGCUCAAACACGGGCGAGUACUCACCUGGUUUCCUAUCAUGAUGGCAUGGUUGCGCACGACCUUGGUGCCCGAAAGAUCAGACUGCUAUCAGUCGUGGACGGACCAAUCGCUACCUAUCAGACGGAGAAUCGGGAAUGUUUCCUCGAAGUUGCGCUUUCGUGCACGGCGGUUGCGGCUGUGACGAUUGAGGGGUACUGCCAUGUCUGGAACUAUAAAACAGAAGAUGAAGGCUCCUUUCGUCUACCGUCCAAAGCAAUCCGUUUAGUUCUUGAUGAGGAUGCCGUUGCCGUACAGGUAGGAAUUCAUCCCACGGUUAUCAUCACUUGGGAUUUGCGAUCAAGACAGUCCAGGGAAAUCAAGCAUGAUGCUUCCGUUCUUUUACACAUAUUUCUCAGCGCAAGAGACUCAUCGCUGGUUCUCGUCCAUUGCACAGAUGAUGAAGAUGGGGCGCCCCAAAACUGCAACGUCGACAAAGACUUCUCCGGCAUUGUUGGAACGCGCUAUCUUCUCCAGGGUGCAAUUCCCGCUCUGCAGGGUGUUACUACGUAUUUAAAAUUGCCGCCAAAUGAACCUAAGAUCACCCAUAAUACCGUGAACGUUUUCGGUAAUCAUGACAGAUGCGUCAUCGCCUUCGGACAGCCUGUAAUGGAUGAGGAUGACAGUUGUCGUCGAGAUCCUUGGGUGUACGAUCGGCGUAAACGGUAUAUAUUGGUGAUACUGCAUCCCGGAAAACAUCAGCACAAGCAACAACUACAACUCCCAAGACGGCCACACACAACCCUCUACCACGACCCCAUCCCCCAAUUCAUGGGAUAUAGCUUACCCACCUCCGCAGCAACCACAUGUCCAGAUGUGAUCUAUUACCGUGAUGAUAUCGACCUAGGCCUCACAGUCGCCAACUAUCUACCCGGCACCAGCAGCACGGGCGCCACUUUUGCCGGAUCUGAGAUCGAGGACAUCCUAACGGAUGAGUACGUGAUGGCAGAGAAAGGGAGCCUGCUUAUUGACGGCAAUUUCUUCAUGGGUGGCGAUGAUAGGUUUUUGGUAAUCGUGGAUGAGCGUGGGGUUCAUGUGUGGUGUUUUGAUGAGGAUAUUGCGCUGUAUGGGGAGGACGUGCAGGGAUAUAGGAGAAUUCGGAAAGGGCGUGCGGAAGAGCGCACGCGGAGGCGGGAGAGGGAGCCGGAGCUGGAGAGCGAAGUGGCGUGGAAUGAGAAGAGUGCGACUAUGAAAUUUAAACAGAAAUUGUUGGCGAUUGGACGUGAUGAUACGGUGAGGCUGAUAAAUGAAUUUGUGGGGAAGGACUGGAGAGUGAAAGAUUGGCCCUGGUGA